GAAAAAAGAAACACGAGAUGUCAGCUGACUGAACCUCCAGCUAUAUGGGCUCCGUCGCGGCGCGUAUCAUCAGUGUGGUGGAAAUUGUUGACAUUUUUAGCAAAUAAAGGAAGUUGAGAGUACCACCAUCAUGUCUCGAGCCCCUAAAGAGACCUUGCGGCAGCGGAUGCAAGGUUUCUUCGGCAUUCGGGGACAGAAGGGAGCCAGCCCUGGAGAUGGACAAGUCAAGAAAGGAGAGUUCUUCAUUACCCCUUCGCUCAAGAAGGAAUUGAGUCGAGAGAGCCCUAUGAAUGUCCGAACGAAAGCCAUCAACCACCUAAGCACCCUUGUUGGAGAAAAGAAGUUAGAAGAUAAUGGAAUAGAAGCAAUAUGGGUACUUAUAUCAGACCUGCUGGAUGCUCAAGUUAAUGCUGAUCAUCGUCAUCUUGUGCUUCAUUUUCUCAAAUGUGUGGUCAUCGGUCAGUCUGAGUUCCUUGGUCAAAUGAGAUAUCAUUUCUUUCAAGUGGUCAAAAGUCACAACAUCUUUGAAGAUCUACCUCAGAGAUUGGAUAUGCUGCGAGCUCUAAGUGAUAAUGGCAAGAAUCUGUUAGAUUUUGAGGAGGAUAUGGGACCUUUUCUUGUGUUGUGGAUGCCAGAUGUCAUCAGCUAUGGAAAAACUGCUGAGUUUCUUCAAGUCUUGGUGAAUGUCAUCAAAUAUAAUUCAUGCUACCUUGAUGAUCAUAUAAUUGCUGGUUUAGUUCAGCAUACAUGUUCCAUCUGUAGUAGGACAGAGAAAGAGAAAGAUAUAGAACAAGCACUUCACGUCUUGGAUGCUGUUAUCUGCUAUAGCUGCCUGCCCAGCGAGUCUUUAUAUCACUUUAUCACUGCCCUCUGUAGGACCGUCAGUGUCAAGCGAUUCUGCCAGUCUAGUUGGAAGUUAAUGCGUAAUCUUCUAGGCACCCAUCUAGGGCACAGUGCCAUCUAUACUAUGUGCUGUAUAAUGGAGGAUAGUCAUAACAUCAGUGAUGUGGUUCUGCUUCGGGGAGCAGUGUUCUUUGUUGGUAUGGCACGCUGGGGCUCAAUGAAGGUACCGUCUCUACGUCACAUCAACUUCACUUCAGUCCUACCAUCAUUUGAGAGGGCCCUGACAUGUAAGCAUGUCUUGGUAGCAUAUGAAGUGACCCUGUCCCUUCAGAGAUUGGUCAAAAAGAAUGGCAUGGACAUCCAAGCAAUCACUUGGGACAUCAUCUUAGGAAUCAUAGAAAAGCUCUUCAGGAAUAUUGAGGAAUACGCGGUGAAUCAUGAAUACCUACCUACCCAGCUCCACGAUCUUCUGACGAUGGUGGAGAAACUUUACGAGAGGAACAUCUUUAAUGGAUCGCAGCAACAACUCUUUGCCAUCGUGGAAGAGUUUGCACGGUUGAGGCCUGAUAGUUCUGUUCUGUGUCUAAUAAGCUACAGAGCCCUGGCCAUCCAUCCCACCAAAGAGAAUUGGAUCCCAAACCUUCUGAAGCUCCUUGAUCGCUACUUCAGGUCCGAGAGUCGUACGGUCAUCAGGGAGGCUGCGCUCAAUGUCUUAUCCUCUACACUUCACUCCAGCGGAAGUCUGUAUGAGGAUGACCUGAUUAAAAUGGUAGCUCUCCCACAGCUCAAGUCCAUCUGUGAUGACCGGGACCCGGUGGUCAGAAACUGUGCGGUCAAGCUGCUGAUGGACUCAGCCAAGGUCUGUCAAAGUCCUUUUUGUCUGGACAUACUGGACGUCAUAGAGAAGGUUGUGAUGAAGACCAUGCAUGUGAGAUCACAUGCAGGGGGAGCAGCAUCGGCAGAGUCUCAUCAUACCUCGCAUCACACACCCCAUUCAGAAGAGGAAAGAGACUUGGUGGAUGUGAUGACGGCCGUCACAGGUCUGCUUGAGCUUUUUAAGAUCAAGAUGUAUCGUGUUCCCUCCUCCCAUGCUGUUUUUGCAUUCGAGUUGCUAGGCAACCACAUGAAGCAGCAAUAUGAAAACAAAUACAACUCUGACAUGGCAAGCAACAUCAGAGCCAAGGUGUUUGAGUUCUUGCUUCAGCUAAGAGCAGAUAGCAUGUGUAGACUGGGCUUUCCAGGAGAGAAUGGAAUCUACAAAUACAGCCCUCAUAUUCUAUGUGAUUCACGAUUAGAAACUGAAUUAGCGGGGAAGACGUCUCCACCGGUAUGCAGUUCACCACCACCGGGUGAAAGGCAUCUGAAACCUACAAUCAUCCCGUUCGUUCAAGCGUUUAAGAUCGUCACAACAUGCUUGAGAGAGGAGACCCAUUGGAAGGUUCUAUCACUGGUCUUGCCCUGUCUGACCAAAGCUCUACAAAACAAGAACCUGGUCUUAGCUGCCAAUGCUAACAUGGAGAACCUCUGUGUAGUCCUUUGUUCCAUGGUGGAAGACCGAAGUCACAUAAAUCGUUUACAGCGCUCUGAGGGAUUCAACCGAAUUGAUUUCUAUACUGGUAUAUACAGUGCCCUGACUGCUCUGGUGCCAUACCAUACGCUGCUUGAUCAACAGAAGAAGGUGUUCCUGAUCAAGUGCUUUGAAGCCGGCCUGAAGCUGAAGUGUGCCCAGCAGUGCGUGGAUGGUUUGACCUUGUGUGUCAUUGAGAUGCAGGACACCAUGUUGAAGGUGUUGCCUUCGAUCAUCUUAGUCAUGUCGCAGAUGUCCGCUACUGCAACCAUGGCUAUCCCCGUCUUGGAGUUCCUUUCGAGUUUAAUCUGGUUUCCUCAGCUGUAUGCUAACUUUGUUGAAAGUGAAUACAUGAGUAUCUUUGCAGUGGCACUUCAUUACACCAACCCAUUCAAGUUUUCCUUGUAUGUUGUAUCGCUCGCCCAUCAUGUGAUUGCUAUGUGGUUCAUCAAAUGCCGCCUGCCAUUCAGGAGAGAGUUUGUCAAUUGUAUCACAAGGGGUCUUCAAGCCAAUGCCUUGAGACCUGUCCCGGACUUUGAGGGUAGCAGCUCGCCACCGAUCAUCGUCAAGCUUAGAAGAAGCAGCAGUCUUACAGACAGAACCAACAAGAAUGAUCAAGGCAAAGGAAGGGGUGAUGAUGGAAGCAAUUCAAAGUCAGUCUCAACAGAAGAAGCUUUGGACAUGCUGAACAAACUCCUAACCCAGACAUGCCUAGAUAUGAUGGCUAGGUAUACCUACACAACAUUAGCCACCUAUCCAAAGAGGUCACCUGUUUCAGAGUUUCUCUUGGCUGGAGGUCAAAGUCAGAGCUGGCUCGUCGGAAACAAGGUCAUCACUGUCACCACCAGCGGAGGCAGCACCCGUCUGCAGCGCAACGGGGUGUGCGAGAAGUGCAACUCCUUGAUCCAGCAAUACAUAGAGACGACCUCCACAGCAUCCCAGGACAAGGCGGAGGAAGGGACGGAGAAGUGGAUGCAGAAGGUGGCCGAUGAGAAGGUCGACAGGGAGCAGAAGCAACCAAGUUCCCCCUCGGGUACAGGGUUCGGAAGACUCAAGAGACAGAGAUCAAAGUCUGGUAACACGCAGCGGGUAGACAGCAGUGGCAACGCACUGCAGAAAAAGGCCACCCGAACAGAGGACCAAGAAGAAGUGAAGCAUCUGACGCUCUUCAGCUCCGUGACCCAAGAGGUCACGAGCAGCGGGUUGGACAACUCUCGCGGGUCAUCAGCAGAAAGUCUCAAGGGAAGUGAUGGUAGUCUCUCCACAAGAACUGGCUCGAAAGUCUCGUUUACAGGUGAUAAAGGUCAAGGUUCAAAGGUGAAUCCGUCAGCAGCAGCUGCUGGAAAUAAGCCACCAUCCAAGGUGAUGUUUUCAGGUGUCCCUGAUGUCAGCCAGGGAUCAAAGACAGUAGCUGGUGCCUUUGAGACAUCUCAUGGACCAUCAUCUGAAGGGAAGAAAACGGGUGAAAGCCAGUCCGAAUCAGGCCAUUCCAAGAAGGAAGACAGCAGUCAUCCAUCAAAGGUGACUUCCAAGGUUAUGUUUGCAGCUGAUAAAGGCCAGGGUUCCAAAGCACACCAGAAAGAAACCGAUUUUCCCCCAGGGUCGGUCAAGCCAGUGUCUGUGACACAGGGAGGUUCUGAUAUCAGUCAGGGGUCAAAGGUCAACCAGACAGGAAAUGGGAUGGCAGACAGUGGAGAUCAGUUGACCUUCAAGCCGCGGUACUCCUCCCGCGUCUCCUCCGCCUCCAUCUACCAAUGCAACUGCUGGUGUCAGGGGUGGGCAGAGAUCCAUGUCAGACGUCCCACGGGAAACACCUCCUGGAUCAUGCGCAUCCAGAACGGGGGCGCCCUUGUCCCCUCCUCGCACGAGUUCCCUCUUGCCGAUAUCUCGGCGUUGCUCCUACGGAACAGAGACCUGGACAUUGAUGCAGACAUGGUGAUGCCUGAUGAUAGUGGGUCCGAGGAUGAGAUGUGUUCUCUGGAUGAAGAAGAAGAAGAGGAGGGUGACAUCCAUGAUGACAAGCAGAGCAUCGGUCAUGGAGCCUUGUUGGAUUUCAGCAGCCCCUCAUUUAAUGAUGAUGAGGAUCUGUUUUCUGAUAUUCUUUGUCUGCAAUCUGACAUGGAUUCGUUGAGUUUUCCUAGAACAGAGAUGGGGCUGUCUCCCAUGACCCCAAGUUUCCUCCAGGAUUACAGUGCCAUGAGGAAGAGGGAACUGGGGGAGAAAAGGGAUUCUUCGUACAGGGAAUUGCUUAAGGAGUUUGAUGAAAAGCCAGACGACCUUGAAAAUGUGGGUACUUCGCCCAAGCUUAGGUUGAUGAGAUCCAACUCUUCACCUGCCCUGAUCAAGAUGGGGGAGCCCACCAACCUACCAACCCUCUCCCCUCGCUCGGUGGCACGAUCCUUCCUGGAAGAUACGGCUCAGAAGCCAGGGUCCUACAAAGACCCUUCGUUCCUCUCCAAGCGCUACUCCCAGGAAGUGCCACCAGACCUCUGGCCAUCCGCUGGAGAAGAGAAGACUGACCAAGGCGGGGACCAGGUGGAUGGACUCCUGCAGACGAGUGGGUCGUCAGAGUUUGUGGACAUCAGCUACAAGGACAUUGAGGUUGAAGAAACAUCUACAAAGGCCACACCAAAGUCAGCAUCCUCAACUGCUCCUGAAAACCCUGCCACAACUGUUCCAGAAGCUCAUGACGACAGUACUGUCUCAAAGACUACUGCAGGGGGUGAACAGGAAUCUAAAGUAGAGAAGCCACAAACCUUGCCAGUUGUUCCUCAUUCAGUGAAAGAAGAGAGCAGGCAGCAAUCUAGGAAAAACUUGGAGUACAAUCAGCAUUCCUCACGUCCCAGAGGCCACACGGUGUCUAUUAUGGUUCGUCGAGAUAGGCAUAAAGGACAGCAAGGUGAUAGCAGGAGUCGCAGGACCUCAGACACUAAGCAUAGGGGAUCGUUUACCCAACGUGACACCUUCCGCUCCGGUAUAAAUCCUAGCUUUGUAUUCCUUCAGGUAUAUUUCUCUCCAUUGUUUACUGAGGGUGCUGAGAGACCCAUUGCUAUACCCCUCUCACAGGUUGGUCAGAGAGCUGUCAAGGUACUGGACAGGAUACCUCCUUAUGACACUCAUAAAAUAGGUGUGGUCUAUGUAGGAGAGUCACAGGCCAACGACGAGACAGCCAUCCUGUCUAACGUGUAUGGAUCAGCACGCUACAUGAACUUCCUACGAGGGCUGGGUCAACUGGUGUCACUCAAGGACAUUGACCCUGAUGAGGUGUACACCGGAGGACUGGAUAGAAGCGGUUCUGAUGGCAACUUUACCUACUGGUGGCAGGAUGACAUCAUGCAAGUUAUAUUCCACAUUGCCACUCUGAUGCCUAACAAGGAAUCUGAUCCCAUGUGUAACGGAAAGAAACUUCACAUUGGCAAUGACUUUGUGUCCAUCGUCUACAAUGAGAGUGGGCAGCCUUAUAAACUGGGGACCAUCAAGGGUCAGUUCAACUUUGCUGAGAUUGUCGUGGAGCCUUUAGACAAUGAUAGCAAUCUAGUCUCCAUUCAAGCUAAACCAGAGUUGGAGCAUAUGUUGGGUAGACGAGGCCCCUGGAUGGUGUCUGAUCAACGAGCGGCUCUCCUUAUCAGACAGAUGGCUCUUCAUGCCAAUUUGGCUUCUCAGAUCCACCGUAGCCGUCCAGCCGAAGCCUACUGCUCCAACUGGCUCGAGAGACUGCGGCACAUCAUACGCAUCCAGGACAAAGUCAGCCACAUGGGGGCGCCAUCUAACCCCAUGAUGAACGUCAUGUCGUCCCGCUAUCUUCAGACACCGGAGAAGAAGUCAAACGGGCAGAGCAAAACAGCUAAAAUCAGUGACUUCACGGACUAUGCAUAGUGCAGAAAUAAUAAUAAUAAUAAUUGAAUUGAAUUGAAUUUAUUCAAACCAGUCAAAAACAAGUACAAAGUACAAAAAAGUACAAAAGUACAAACAAAAUAAAAUGGUUACAUUACAAAGAACUGAUGAAAAUGACAGGUUUGGGACACUAAAGAAGCACAGCUUGAAAUCAGGGGGCCCUGCAUAUGAUAUUUUACUUAAAUAUAGAACAAUUAUGAGAAAAAAAAAUCAUAAAAAUUACAAGGAAUUUAAAGAUCACAACAGGAACAUAACCCCACACAAGCAUUCACACACUCACACAGACAAACACACACAUUCACACUCCAAACAUGUCACCCCCAGGUGCAACUAACAACUAGUCUUAAAUUUAUCAAGUAGAUGUUUAUGACAUAAUUUCCUAAACCGAGACAGGGUACUGCUAUUUCUUAUAUCAGCAGGACACAUAUUCCAUUCUUUAACACAAUUUGAGGCAUGAUAACAACUGUAGUUUUUUUUUUUUGCAGUUUACAAUUAUGAAUAAACAAAAUAUGAAUAUACAAAAGAUGGUAAAAUCAUUUAUGACAAUAACAUAAACAAAAAAAUAACAUAAACAGGGUGUUCAACUAUUAUAAUGACAAUAUUCCACAUUUAUAUAGCUCCCUGAUACAUUGGAAUGUCAUCUUUAUGUGCUUCAGACAUUUCAUGAGAUCAAUCUGUAUAUUAUAUUCAAUUUUGACAAUCUUGUACAUUACAAUCCUGAAAAACUCACAUUCAGGUGAGUAAGUACAAUAGUGUGUAAGUACAAUAGACAAUACACUCUGUGUGUAUUGUGAAUGAAAUGUGACUUGAGUCGAAGUUGGGAGCCCCCUGUAUGUUACUCGUAUCGUACAAAUGGGCAAAGAGGUAAGGAUCAAUUCAUAAAGUUAACAUUUUCAGCUCUGUAAUGAUGUAUCAUUUCUACAAAUGGGCACUCAUAACACACUUUUUACAAAGAGAAACCUAUUGCCUACCACAGAAUGUUACUUUUGAUGAAUGAGAGAUCAUAAUUAUUUUAAGCAGCUUGACUCUCCCACUAGUGUGGGUGAUAAUAGGAAGUUGAUAACUCCAGAUAGAAACCUUCAUUCUCCACACAUCCUGUUCACUGUUAUGGACAUAAUGAUAUCUUUUAAGUGCUUACCUUGUCUUGAAUUACAGGGAAAUCCCCCAUAAUGAGCCUGCCACCAUCCAGUUCAUUUCGAGAUAAUGUGAGAGAAAUAUAUUGGGUCUUCAGAAAAGAGAACAUAAUUGAUUUUGAUUAAAAUAAUGUGUGACUCAAAGUUGGACUAAUAGGCGAUUCUAUGCUAGAAAAAUCUGCCAUUUUCACAACACUUAUCAUCGUGCUGUCCAAACAAAUUAGAAACUUCAAUUUGUAAUGUGGUAAUAAUAAAGUACUACCUGGUAGUCAUGUGAAACAAUGACAACAAGUAUAAAAAUGUUGUUCAUGGGUGAAAUAGGGGUGAAAAUGUUGGGUGUCUUGCAUGAUACUUUUGAGGCCCGUACGACACAUAACAUUUUCACCUUUAAUUCACCCAUAAUAAGUUGUUUUCUUUUCAUUGGUUUUCAGAUUUUCAUGUGACUACUCAACUAUAAAUUUAUCAUUGACAAAAAUUGUAUUUCUCAAGUAUUCAGCUAAGAGAAUAGAAAUUGUUGUUGAAAUAGCCUUAACGACAUGUAUGAAAUUGCUUGAUAGCUCUAUAUGUGACUAAUUGGUAAAGUUGCAAUAUUUUACAUUAGAUAUACAAAAAUGUAGACACUGAGUGUACUUGUUUUCAGAAAAUAUUAUUCACAAAAAAUAACUUUUACAAUAAUUAGGAAAAAUGUGAAUUCACUUAUCUUCAGAAAAAAAAUCAAGUAGUAGGUUUGACUUUUCAGAAAAUGCCUUUGCAACACUGCCCAGGGCAUCCAUUUUCUAAGUAUUUUGUUUAUAAAUUGCAGUUAUUGAUAAUUUCAAUUUAGUUUGCUUGUAUUGUAUGUUUUCCUGCUAAAUACAAUGAUAAUGAUGAUUAUAUUAGUGGUGAUAUUGAUGAUCAUUUUAAUUGUAUUAAUGAUGAUUAUUACAAGAAAACUGAUAUAAAUGGGAAUUUCGAUAUUAAGAAAAACGAUAAUAGAAAAAAUAUGUCAUGUAGUAUGAGGGUACCCGGCCAUAGAUGUUCACAAAUGUCCAUAGCUUAAUUUGUACAUUCUUUCACCCUUGAGUCACUGGCAGUUGAGUGUGGAAUACAGUACUAUAACAUUUCUACAAUUGGGAUUUGUCAUCUGUGCCCUGUCUUACAAAGAGUUACAAUUGAUCCGAUCAGUCGCAACUAUGGACGGCCAGCAAAUUCAACAUAUAAA